GAAAAUAUUGCUGUUAGUUGUGUGGACGAGAAAAUAGAGCAGCUAAAUACGCGUGACCCGGCAACUGACUGACGUCACCAUAUACACGAACAAUGCCAGUUCACUGAUCGUGAAACCUUGCGUGGAAUAACUACUGCAUUGCCUAUGCCUGUGGUCACUAUCUAAAAUUUAGAUUAGCAGAACUGUUAGAUGUAAUGGCUCAUCAGACCUGUUACUACGAUUGUGUUGUGGUUGGAGCAGGCGUGGAAGGGUCGGCCACGGGCUAUCAGCUUACGAGAACCGGUCGCAAGACACUGCUAGUUGAACAGUUCAAGCUGGGACACAGUAAAGGAAGCUCUCACGGUCAGUCGCGUAUCACACGCUACGCGUAUCAACAGACGCACUAUGCCAGCAUGAUGCCAGAAUGCUUCCGCACGUGGGAGCGACUUGGACGAGAAGUAGGCACUGAGCUUUACAGAAAUGUUGGUUUAUUGUCAGUAAAUGGCCCACCAUACAAGGAUUACGUACUUCGCAGCGAAUCCCUCCGAGCGAUGGACAAGCCGUGUGAGUUGCCGUCUGUCGAGGAGGUCUGCCGGCGCUAUUCCGGCUUCAGCUUCGGCCCGGAACACAAGGCAUUUGUCGAUCCCAACGGUGGGGUGUUGAGGGCCGACAGGUGCCUUCGCGCUUUACAGACAAUGUUUGUGAAUCAGGGAGGCGUCAUAAAAGAAAACGAAGAAGUAUUGGAAAUCGUCCCCGGCAAACCUGUGGUUAUCGUGACCAGCAGAGGGCGGUAUACAGCCAAGAGUGUGGUCCUGACCCCGGGAGCCUGGGCAACGAAGAUGCUGAGACCGCUAGGGAUUGACCCUCCAUUAAAGGUCACCCAAAUCAACGUAUGUUAUUGGCCAGAGAGACAGCCUGGUGAGUUCUUCAAUUACCCAUGCUUCUACUAUCUCUCGGGGAAAUACGAGACAUAUGGAUUGCCAUGUGAUGAACACUCCGGGCUGUUUAAGGUGUGCAAUCAUCAGGGUGACGAUCUGCAAGAACCAGGUCAACAAAACCAAGCACAAUAUUCUCACCAGAUGGAUAAAUUGAAGACUUUCAUCAGAGAACAUGUGCCCGGACUGAAGCCAGAACCGUCUUUCGUUGAAAACUGCAUGUACACAAACACCCCUGAUGACGAAAUAAUAUUAGACAGGCAUCCCGAUCACCCUAACAUCGUCAUAGGAUGUGGUUUCUCAGGUCAUGGUUUCAAGUUAGCGCCCGCAGUGGGAAGGAUCCUGAGUGACUUGGCAACAGGAACCACGCCUAGCUACGACAUAUCGCCCAUGAGUUUGAAACGGUUUCAUAACAACGGCAGACUUGCUGCUAAACUUUAGAAAUUUGUAGUUCCCCCUUUUUUCCCUCCAUUUUGAUAACUUAUUGUUACAAAUAAAAUAUUUACUUUUUUAGCAUCUGUUAUUCCAACCCCACAAAAGUAUGUUUCGAAAAUAGAUAACUUAGUGUUUCCGUUUAUCUGGAAUGGCAAAACAGACAAAAUUUCAAGAAAAACAAUGAUUCGCAAUUUAAACGAAGGUGGUCUUAACCUAACUGACUUCCAAUCUCAUAAUAUAGCACCUAAAUGUAACUGGGUAUUUAAAUUGUUAAACAAUAAGAUUGGGAAAUGGAAAAUCCUUUGCAAUUUAUUUUUAAACUCAUGUUGCCCAGACCUUUCAGUCCUCAAUAUGAAUUUUAAAAAAGCAAAGUGCUGUUCAAGUAUUACAUGUACAUUAAACCUUCCACAAUUUUAUAAAGAGUUAAUAUUUUGUUGGCAGGAACUAAACUCAACAAAGACUGUACAAAUUGAUUUACAGCCAACUAAUAUAAAAGCACAAAUACUGUGGGGUAAUAACUAUAUAAAGUAUAAAAACAAGCCAUUGUAUUUAAGCAACUGGAUUAAAUCCAACAUCAUUUACGUUAAUGACCUUCUGACCGAAAAUGGUGAAUUGUCAAUUGAGUAUAUCAGAG